AUGGUGAGGGCUCUGAUUGAAUUAAUACGGUCCGAGUAUUCACAACCUAGGAAAACCCUCUGCGCUGUUUGGAUAUUGGAUAGAGGGAUGAAAACAGUAAACUCAAACCUCUCAGGCUCUCAGCAGCCUCUCUCGCUCUCACACAAUCCAUCAAAUACAAUGGCCACACUCUCAUCCCUUCUUAUUUCCACUCCCAAUUCUCUCACAAUUCCUUCUCACUCUCUUUCCCUUCUUCUUCCAAAUCUCCAUUUCCAAUCCCAUGGAGUUCCCUAUUCAUUCAGGCACUUGACAUUAAAGAACUCCACCAAGAGUAAGUUUCCUUUUUCCCAUGUUACAAAAUUAAGGUCAGUUGAAGAGGAAACUCAAAUCCCAGAAGAAGAAGAACAACAGCAAGCUCAGGAACAAGAAGAAGAACCAGUACAAGAAGGACCUGAACAGCAAACUGUGUCUGUCCCUGUCUCUCCUUCUGACAUCCUUACCAUGUUCUUUCAGGCAGAGGGAACAAUGAAUGAAACUGCUAUUCCUACAGUGACCAGUGCCUUAGAGGAGACUGAUGGUAUUACAAAUUUGAAAGUUCAAGUCCUAGAGGGUAUUGCAAGUGUUGAGUUAACAAAACAAACAACUGUACAAGCUACAGGAGUGGCUUCUAGUUUGGUUGAGCUCAUACAGGGGUCAGGUUUCAAGUUACAGACUUUGAACUUGAGUUUUAUGGAUGAGGAGGAUGUUCUUGUAUAGACGUGUAUGCUGGAAAACAGAAAUUUUUGUACCUUCUACAUACUUUUUUCUCAAAUUCCAUGUAUUCUAGAUGUGAAUACUUGGAAGUCAACUGUAUACCAUUAAUCAGCAUUUCAUGUUCUAGGCUGUGUUUAAAUGUUCUUUGAUGGAUAACAUUCUGUUUGACACCGCUCAUUCAAUGGAGCAAUGAUGUUUCUGAUUGUUUCCUGGAAA